AGAAAGUGAAACCUACCAGACAAAGAGUCACCGGCAGGUUUCCUACCCGGUGCUGCUGGUUCGGCUCAUCGGCGACAAAAAGUUCAGAAACAACUCACAAGUUUCUUAAACUUCAUCAGAUGGACCGCGGCGAGGAUCUGGAGCUGGAGGCGGAGGAGGAGAUGGAGGAGAUGUCUGCUGCGAGGAAGGAGCUGCGGGAGGUUCUGUGCCGCUACGUCACAGGAACCCUGGUCGACGUCGACACCGUGACGGGAUUCUGUGAGAAACUCUCCAAGUGGCUGCUCUGGAGGGAGACGGAGUUGAACAUGAUGAUGGACGUCAAAGUCAGGGCGGACGCCGUGGAACUGGGCAUCGGCCACGUGACCCGGUCGGAGAACAGAGGUAAGGCCUUGUGGGAGUACCUGAGGAGCAAGGUGACGCAGGUGACUGCCCACAGCCGGCGGGCGGCGCUGGAGGAGGAGCUGGCCGCCGUGCUCAAGGACACGCUGGGCGGCCUGGAGAAGCUCGACCGCUUCCUGGAUGCGGUGGAGAAGCUGGCGGUCACCUCGCUGCACGUGUUCACCGAGAACCAGGCGACGCGUCUGUCGGAAAGCAUCCGCCUCGGACGCGUUCGCGACGCCAUCGCCGCCGCGCGGCUCGUCUGCCCCCUGCUGCUGGAGUUCAGACGAGACGCCGGCGCCUUCUUCCUGCCCCGACUUCACAAUGUGGAGGUGCUGGCGUACGAGUUGGACAAAUACCUGCGGACCACCCAGACAAUCUGCGAGACGCUAAUGAAAAGCUCCCUCAGUGACGUUCACCUGAAGACGACUGUGGAAACUGCAGUGAAGUUGGACGUGGAUCUGUCUGAGGACGACGUGCGGAUGAUGCUCGACCACAUUCAUCAGCUUGAUGAGAUCAGGACCAACCAGCACUUCAGGACAGUGUUCCUGUUCCAGGAGGAAUCAUGUUGCGGCUUCAUCACUGAGUUCAGCGAGCGACGGCCCGGGAUGCUGCAGUUUCUCUCCGACAUGGAGGAGAGUGCGGUCCGGCUCGACAGGAUGCAUCUGGGGGCGAAGAUCUCCAGCGUUGCCGGCAGCUCGGUGGGAGCGGUCGGAGGUGUGCUCUCCAUCGUCGGGUUGGCGUUGAUUCCUGUGACGCUAGGAGCGUCGGCCGCCCUGAUGCUGACAGGGGUCGGUCUGGGAGUCACCAGCGGCGUCAACAGCGCCGUCACCACCGCCACCGAGAUCGGAGUCAACAACACACAACAAAAUAAAGCCAGCCAAGCUUUGCAGAGCUUCAUGAAGGAUGUGCAGAGCCUCCAGGAUUGUCUGGACAAGGUGACCAGUCAAACCGUCUCCAAGAUGGAAAAUAGUGUGAUUGACACGACUCUGGGCGUGAGCAACGUUCUUGUUAAAGCCGGAGUUAUUGGGAAAGGCAUAGAUGCAAUAGUUGAUUUAGCCUCUGCGCCUAAGUUCUUGCAAAGUGAAGAGGUGAUUGCGGGUGUUGGCAUGGCGGUGGCCCAGGAGGGUCAAGCAUUACGUAACGUACCCAGGGUGGCGUCAGACAUCCCCGACAUCGGUCAGGCAGUAGCCAAAGGGCCCCUCGCUUUCUCCAGGUCAGCCAGGGCAGGUUUCAUCACACUCAACGCUCUCUUCCUCGGCAUGGACAUCUUCUUCAUCUGUAAAGACAGCAUCAGUCUGGCCAAAGGCAGCAAGAACGAGGUGUCACAGCUCAUCAAGGCCAGAGCGGCACUCUGGAGCUCAGAGAUGGACUCGUGGCAGAAGAUCCACGACUCCCUGAGCCAGGGCCUGGAAACAUCAGAGAAAAAAAGAAUUACUCUGGAGACGCCAUUUUAUCCAGAGAUGCAAAGGGAGGCAGAUACGGAAGUUCCAGCAUGUGAGGCCUGAACGAGAAGAAGUUUUGUUUAACACGACAAUUUAUGCACUCACCAAGUCUUUUCAUCAAGAUGCCAAAUCAAUUUUAUGUCUAUGCAAAUCCAACUCUGUUUAUAUAUCUCACUGAUUAGCAUCCAGCAUCCACCAAAUUUAAGCUGUUGGAAUAAUUAGCUCCUGAUAUUAAACCUCGAGUGUGCAGCGGUGUGGGAGGAAACACCAUGAAUAGCAGCAAUCAAAUAUGCAAGAAUGUGGAACGGCCAGGAGGGCCAGGGGGGCCAGGGGGGCCAGGAGAGCCAGGGGGGC